AUGUCGGAGUUUUACGUGCGAUACUAUACGGGGCAUAAAGGACGACAUGGUCACGAGUUUCUUGAAUUUGAGUACAACCGCGGGCGCUUGCGAUAUGCGAACAAUAGCAACUACCGCAACGAUUCGCUGAUUCGCAAAGAGAUGUGGAUUAGUCCACUUAUGACGGAUCAGCUGCGUUCCAUAGUGGAAAGCAGUGAAAUUCUCAAGGAAGAUGACACGACAUGGCCGAAAAGGAAUGCGAACGGACGACAAGAACUCGAGAUCCGACUGGGUAAAGAACACAUCUCUUUCGAGACUGCCAAGCUUGGAUCUCUUAUCGAGGUGCAAGACAGCGAGGACCCCGAGGGGUUGCGUGUGAUGUACUACUUGGUACAAGAUCUCAAGUGUCUGGUGUUUAGUCUCAUCUCGAUGCACUUUAAAAUCAAGCCCAUUUCCGUGUGA